AUGGUCCUCAGUCUGUCGGGUGUUCCUUGCGUGUUGCGGCCACUCUGGCUCGUCGGUGCACUCUGCGCUCCUUUUUUACCUUCUGUGCGCGCUCAGUCGACAGGAGUUUCCGUGUCUAUUCCUUCGUCUCCGGCCACUUCAAACGUUGUACACCCGAAUUUCUUGGGAAUCUCGCUGGAGCUGAGUGCGAUCAAUCUGUACUUCGGAAAUGAUACAUCAUCAACUCCGGCGCCUGUUCAAAACUACUUCACCACGUUGAGGAAUUUUACGAGCGGAGACUACCCUCUGCGCCUGCGCAUAGGUGGCAACUCUAUGGAUAGUGCCACAUACAAUGCCUCUCAAUCUCCCAUCCUCAUCUCGACGGAUCCUAAUGCUAAUCCGAACGAUGAAAUUGUCGACUUUGGCCCGGUUUUCUUCGAUGUAAUUGACAAGAUCGGCCAGGAAUUCAACGCGCAAUAUUUGUUAGGUCUUAGUCUGCGGGAUCCUACAAACACGAAUAAUGCUAUAGUUGCUGCUGCCUCUCAGCAGAAGUUGGGAGAUAGACUGGAUGCUUUCCUUCUUGGAAAUGAGCCGGACUUGUAUACCGCUCAUGGAGACAGGCCUAAUAUCCAGAAUUACACUGUGUCGGAUUAUGUACAGGAAUUUGGGACGGCCUCAAGUCUCCUCACGAAUACGUCUGCCGGAAAUAUACUCUCUCUAGCAAACAUUGCAGGGCCUACAAUCUGCUGCAACUGGGAUCUGGCGACUACUUUGCAGCAAGACUGGCUAUCAACAUACGCCUCUGAGCUGAAGUACAUCACAGUGCAGCACUACACUCAAAACAACUGUGACGGCAGCGGAAAAGGCAGAUAUACCUUGGCGUACUAUCUUCAACACUCCAGCACCGUCGAGCUAGGUCAAUGGGAAAUCGACGGUAUCCAAUACGCUCUGACCAACCCAAAUCCCAAACCCGUUAUCAUGGACGAAUUCAACUCCGCAUCCUGCGGUGGCCUGCCUGGCAUCUCGGAAACCUUCGGCGUCGCACUCUGGACGGUCGAUUAUUCGCUACAGCUCGCCUCGGUCGGAUACACGGCCGCGUACCUCCACACUCGCGAACCUGGAGUAACGUACAAUAUCUUCCAGCCCACGACCUCGUCAGAAUGGGGGACGGGGGCACCGUUCUACGCCUACCUGCCCGUUGCGGACGCGCUUUCGGUCGCAUCGGGGAGCGCCGUCGUCGUCGAUCUUAAUAUUGCGAACUCGACUACGGAUCCGAAGGCGACAGCGGCGGGGUAUGCGAUCUAUGAUGCGAACGCGACGAAUAUCAGUAGUGUCGUGUUGUUCAACUUCGCCAACUCCUCAGGCGCUACAGAGAACUUCACGCUCCCAUCUAGCAUCGUUUCUCAGUCCGGAGGGUCGACAAAGGUCACAGUUCGAUACCUCGUCGCACCGAGUGUCAACGAAGAUACAUACAUCGCGUAUGGUGGACAGACGUAUGCGGGUGUGACGGAUGGGACUGCUGUGUCGGCGACGUGGAAUGUAGGAGGUUUGGAUGCGUCGUCGUUCGCGGACACGGAGGUGGAUUGUGCGAGUGGGUGUGAUAUCGCUGUUCCGGGCCCUGGAUUGGCAGUGAUCUAUUCUGCUGCUGUUGUGCGCAGUUCGCCGUCGAGUAGCGGGAAUAGUAGUACGACAGGGAGUGAUACUGAUAGCUCUUCUGCUGGAGGGCGGACAGGCUCGGAUUCGAUAAUGGGCGGUAUGGUGCUGGCGUCAGUUUUCCUUUCCGUUGUUUGUAUGUGGAGUUAGAUGGUAGAUGUGCUAUUCGUCUGUUCUUGCCCGUGUGUGUGUUUCGGUACUAUUGGACUUUUUUCUUUCUUGGACUCGUAACUCGGCUACGUAGAUUGUACAAGCUGUGUCCGUUUAUUGCUGUUGUGAUGAUCCUUGCCACAUCCCAUACGAACUUUUCAA